AUGAUCUUCCAAAUCUUAUAUACUUUUUCAAUAUUUAUAAGUUUGGUAUCUUCAAUAGAUUUAAAAGGUUCUAUUCUUCCAAAUAAAUUCCUUUCUUCAACAAAAGAAUUAUCUCCUUCCACAGUUAUUUUAUUAUCAGCAGCAAAUAUCCUAAAAAAAACACGUCCAACAUCAAAAGGGCAUUUUUGUAUUGAAAAUGUUGAAAAAGGCUCUUAUUUAUUAGAAGUUCUAAGCUUCACUCAUCGUUUUGAUCCAUUAAGGGUUGAUAUUUUUUCUAUUGAGGAUGUACUAGCAAAGGGAUUGAAUGUAUCUACCAAAGAUCAGGAAACCCAACUUCCUACAUUAAUUCAGAUAUACCAAAUAUACAAAGGCCAUGCAUGGGAUGACUUUGGUCCAAGAAUGCCGUAUCCAAUACAACUUAGUCCUACAGGCAUAGAAUCUUAUGAUCCUAAACGAGAAUCUCUAAAGAUUUUAUCACUUUUUAAAAACCCUAUGGUUCAAAUUAUUAUUGUAACAAUGAUUUCAUUGUUCAUUUUUCCAAAAUUGAUGACUAUGCUAGAUGCAGAACAAUUAACAGAAUACCAAAGAAUGCAUUCACAACAAAAAAAGGAUAACCUUCCUGGCAAAACUCAAGACACUGAAAUGACAUUACGACUUUCUAAUAAAAAGUUUAAAACUUCAAAACUAAACAAUAAAACAAACUAG